CCUAGUCCCCCGCCACAGCUGGCAGACGUUGGAAAAUGUUAGGCUCAAAGAAAUGGAACCCCAAACUUCAGCAUUGCUAUGUCACAGGAGGAGGAUCCGGUCUUGGACUGGCUGUUGCGUCCAGUCUUGCUGCCAAAGGCGCCCACGUCUCUAUCGUCGGACGAAAUGUCGAAAAGCUCAAGACAGCACUCGAUGUCCUUGAGGCUCGUCGUCAAUCACCUGACCAGGUCUUCCAGAUCGCGUCCCAUUCCCUUGGAAGUGCACGGGAGGCCGAUGCCGCAUUGAACGAGAUAGUGGUCAAGCAUGAAGGACGAGCACCGGAUGCUGUGUUCUUGUGUGCGGGCCAAGCUCGUCCGAAGUUCUUUGUAGAGAUGACCGAGGACGAUUUGUUGAAGGGCAUGGAGGAUGGUUAUUGGCUCCAGGCCUGGACCGCGUGGGCUGUGGCGCGCAUGCUGGUCCGUCAACGAGCGACUAAAGGGAAGUUCGUAUUUGUGUCGUCAACGCUGGGCUACAUGUCAUUCCUCGGAUAUUCCUCGUAUUCUCCUGCAAAACACGCUGUCCGAGCACUGGCCGAUACUCUGCGCUCCGAGUUCCAACUUUAUGGCUAUUCGGUUCAUGUCUUCUUUCCGCCCACAAUGUUCACACCUGGCUAUGAGCUAGAGAACGAGACCAAGCCCAGGAUCACGCAAAAAAUAGAGGAAACUGAUCCCGGUAUGACCGCGGAUCAAGCAGCCCAAGCCCUCUUGAAAGGCAUCGAUGGGGGUCAUGCUCACAUUACCGGAGACUUGAUAACAGAGCUGUUCCGUGCAUCCACGAGAGGCGCUUCACCCGGGCACAAUUACUUAUGGGACUCUAUGCUGGACAGCAUCGCACAUAUUGGAGCCCUGAUUUGGCGCCGUAGUGUCGAUGCGAAAGUCCUUGAUCACCGUGCUGAGCACCGGGCAUAUCUUGAAGAGAGUGGUUUUUUCAGAAAUGCGGAGUGAGAAUGCACUCUUUUAUACGAUUGUCUUUCUUGCCCGCUCGCGGUGCGAACCUCCGCCGUAAAGUAAAGCUCACCAUCGAUAAGGGACAUGACAAUACGAUCGUCGAAGCCGGAGUCGUUGGCGGUUGUUCCCUGCCCGUACUUUGGAUACGACAGGGAUAUUCUUUCGUUGUUAAGUGACUUCCGAAUCCCACCGAUCUCUUGAUGAUAGGGCACUUCGAGUAGGUGUCCUGUACAUGAAACGUUCUCUAUCCUAUUUCAGGACCGGGGGUCCGCUUGUAGCUUAAGGCGGUGCGCUUUCUCCAAAACAUUGACAGUCGAUGGG